AUGGAGCCCCAGCAAAGCGCCCAAGAUGUGGUCCGAUGUGACCUUUGUGAGACAGCUAUAGUACAGAUGUACUGUGAUUUCUGUCAUGUCAACCUUUGUAAACCCUGUAUCGAAGAACACAUUGCUGAUGAAUAUGACAAACAUAAAAUUGUCCCAUUUCAACACAGAAAAUCCACCUUGAUUUAUCCACAUCCAACAAAAACCUAUGAAUUACAAUGCAAGUAAUGUGACAUUUCUAUUUGUGCCUUUUGUUCAGCAUUACAGCUGCAUGAAGGACACAAAUUUUCAAUCCUUGAAGAAGUUUACAACUCAAAGAAAAAUGAAAUUGCAAAAGACACAGAGGAGUUACAAAACAUUAUCUCCCCUACAUAUAAAGAAAUUACAAAUGAUGUAGAAACACAGAUAGCUGACUUGGAUGGAGAAUAUGAGAAACUUACAACAGCAGUGACAGAACAUGGGAAACAAUGGCACAGAAAAAUUGACAAUGUCAUCAAUGCCAUGAAAAAAGAAAUUGAAGAUUUUAAAACAAAACACCUUGACAUUCUAAAGAAAACUGCAGAAGAAAUCAAACAAUUACAAUCUCUUAUUGAAGAAUCUCUACUUAACUUGAAGAAAAUUGAAGAAUCCAACGAAGUGUCCAUGACCAUAGAAUACAGCUCAGGAAACAAAGAAUUCAGCGAGCUUCCUCUUAAAAUUCAAGUAUCACUUCCCAAGUUUAAUCCAAAGCCAGUAGACAUAGAACAACUUUUUAAGUUGUUUGGAAUUCUUUCACCUUUAUCUACUACGACAGAUGAAAAUGACUACGUACUGCAGACACCAGGGACAUCAACCAGAGAAUUGCUGGAAGAACCAGAACUUAUCACUACUAUGGAUACUGGUUAUGAAAAACUCCGUAAUAUUACCUGUCUCAGUGAAGAAAAAAUCUGGACAAGUGGAAAAGUCAGUGAUAUGAAAUGCUUUAACAUUCAAGGUUUACUUAUAAAGACAAUCAAAACAAAAUCAGGGGAACAGACAAAUGAUAUAGCAGUGACAAGUGAUGGAGAUCUAGUGUACUCUGAUGGGACAACAGGGACUGUGAAUAAUGUGAAGAAUGGACAGAUAGAGGAGGUGAUCAGACUACAGGACUGGACACCUAGUACACUCUGUGUCACUUCUUCUGGUGAUCUCCUGGUUAUCAUGUACAGUGAUGAUUGUGAUGAAGAUAAAACACAAUCUAAAGUUGUCCAUUACUCAGGCUUCACGGAGAAACAAACAAUCCAGUUUGAUGAUGAGGGUGAACCUCUGUAUUAAGGAAAUAACUACAUUAAGUACAUCAGUGAGAACAGAAACAUGGAAAUCUGUGUGUGUGACAAUAAAGCUGGCGCUGUAGUGGUGGUCAAUCAGGUUGGUAAACUCAGAUUUAGAUACACUGGUCAUCCUUUUUCUACAAAAAACAAACCAUUUAUGCCCCAUGGCAUCACAACAGACAUCCAGAGUCAGAUUCUGACAUCAGACCGUAAUAACCACUCUAUCCACAUCCUAGACCAGGACGGACAGUUCCUCCGUUAUAUAGAUAACUGUGAUCUGAAGAAUCCAUAUGGUUUAUGUGUGGACAAAAGUGACAAUCUGUUUGUUGCUGAGUAUGGAGGAAAGAUUAAGAAAAUCAAAUAUUUUAAAUUUACUAUGGACCCCCAACACAGUGCUCAGGAUGUGAUCAGAUGUGACCUUUGUGAGACAGCUAUAGUGCAGAUGUACUGUGAUUUCUGUCAUGUCAACCUUUGUAAACCCUGUAUUGGAGAACACAUUUCUGAUGACUAUAACAAACAUCAAAUUGUCCCAUUCCAACAAAGAAAAUCAACAUUGAAUUAUUCAAAGUGUACAACACAUUCAACCAAACCCUGUGAUUUACAAUGCAAGGAAUGUGACAUUCCUGUUUGUUCCUUUUGCUCAGCAUCGAAGCAACACGAAGGACAUAAAUUUUUAAUCCUUGAAGAAGUUUACAACUCAAAGAAAAAUGAAAUUGCAAAAGAUACAGAGGAAUUACAAAACAUUAUCUCCCCUACAUAUGCAGAAAUUGCAAAUUAUUUAGAAACACAGCUAGCUAACUUAGAUGGAGAAUAUGAGAAACUUACAACAACAGUGACAGAACAUGGAAAACAAUGGCACAGAGAAAUUGACAAUGUCAUCAAUGCUAUGAAGAAAGAAAUUGAAGAUUUUAAAAUAAAUCACCUUAACAUAUUGAAGAAAUAUGCAGAAGAAAUAAAACAAUUACAAUCACUGAUUGAAGAAACUCUGCUCAACUUGAAGAAGAUUGAAGAAUCCAAUGAAGUAUCUUUGAGUAUAGAAUACAGCUCAAGAAACAAAGAAUUCAGUAAGCUUCCUCCUAAAAUUCAAGUAUCAUUUCCCAUUUUUAAUCCACAAUCAGUAGACAGAGAACAGCUUUAUAAGUUAAUUGGAAUUGUUUCGCCAUUAUCUACUACAAUAGAUGAAAAUGGCUACAAACUAACAUCGGCCAGAAAACUGCUGAAUAAGCCAGAACUAAUCACUACUAUAAAUACUGGGUAUAAAAAACUCUUUAGUGUGACCUGUCUCAGUGAAGAAGAAAUCUGGACAAGUGGAGAAAUCAGUGAUAUGAAAUGCUUCAACAUUCAAGGCUCAAUUAAAAAGACAAUCAAAACAAAAUCAGGGGAAUGGCCAUAUGAUAUAGCAUUGACAAGUGAUGGUGAUCUAGUGUACUCUAACUGGGAAACAAUGACAGUGAAUAAAGUAAAGAAUGGCCAGACAGAGGAGGUGAUCAGACUACAGGACUGGACACCUAACAAUCUCUGCGUCACUUCCUCUAGUGAUCUCCUGGUUACCAUGUACAGUGAAGAUUAUGAUGAUGAGGAGGAGGAGGAGGAGAAGGAGGAGGAGGAGGAGGAGGAGGAGGAGGAGGAUAAUGUCAUACAUUCCAAAGUUGUUCUUUAUUCGGGCUUUACAGAGAAACAAUCAAUCCAGUUUGAUGAGGAGGGUAAACCUCUGUAUUCAGGAAAUAGCUACAGUAAGUACAUCAGUGAGAACAGAAACCUAGAUAUCUGUGUGGCUGACUGGGGAGCUGGUGCUGUAGUGGUGGUCAAUCAGGCUGGAAAACUCCGAUUUACAUACACUGGUCAUCCUUCUACUACAAAGAACGAACCAUUUGAACCUUUUGGAAUCACAACAGACAGUCAGAGUCAGAUCCUGACAGCAGACUACCAUAACCACUGUAUCCACAUCCUAGACCAGGACGGACAGUUCCUCCGUUAUAUAGAUAACUGUGAUCUGAGGGAUCCAUGGGGAAUAUGUGUGGACAAAAGUGAUUAUCUGUUUGUCGCUGAAUAUGAAGGAAAGAUUAAGAAAAUUAAAUAUUUU